AAUACACUUAUACACACUACGCACGUGGCUAUAUAUGGAAAGAGGAAACAAAUUUCAAGCAUUAUAUUUGUCGUACACCUAAAUAAUUGCCAUAAGGAAAUAUUUAAAGUCCCUGUCCCACUUGAAACGCAUAAGUGAAUAACUAAUUACCGCGUUAUGUUGUUUACAACAAAAAUGAGACUGUUAGCUAUUUCCUUCUUUUUCAUAGCUAUCGCAUAUGUGCAGUCGCAGCCAACUGAUGGUUACGUGCUAGAAAAGGAUGUUGGUAUAGCCUACAAACUGGUGUAUCAAGCACAAAACUGGACUAAAGCUAAGGAAUAUUGUGAACAAGAAGGCGCUAAAUUAGCUGUACCUAAAUCUGAGGAAGAAUUCGCUUUAAUACAAAAAAUAGUUCGACACAUGCACUUUCCCAGUGUGGUUAACGCCGAAAUCAAACUUAUCGCUUGGCUGGGCAUCAACAACCUGGAAAAUUACAAAGUCUGGAAGAAUAUCGAUGGUCAAAACAUUGAAGACACCGGAUUCCACACUUGGACGGGUCAAGAUAACGGUCGCGGCUACAGUGAUGACCCAGCAGAGCCUCACUGCGCCGGCAUCGAUGCCAUCAACCCUGGACUAAGAGACUGGUGGUGCCACCGACGACAACCUUACGUAUGCCAAAAGACCGUCAAUCCAGUUUAGUUUAUGUAUUUAGCGAAAUAAAUUAUUUACAAAAUAAAUA